AGAUACAUCAUGCGUGCGCUGAAUAUAUCCCUCACUCCCGAUAUUCGAAAGCAGGAUGUCGACGCAGCUUUGGCGUCUAUUUACAAGUCUAGUCGUAUAGGAUUGGACGUAAUGUUAGACUUCUUGAUAGAUAAUUUCGAAAAAGUUUAUAAAUAUUAUGGCGAAUGGGACAGUGUUGGAACUUUAUUCUCUAAAGUAGUGUCCCGUAUUUCCACUGUAGAACAGUUGAAUAAGAUCAGAAAAUUCAUACAAUCUAGGCAGGAAAGCCUGAAGAACAUUUCAUCAGAACUUAACAAAGCUCUUGUAUCCGCGGAAAAGAAAUACGUUUGGUACACGAAGAACGAACGCACUAUUACUUCUUACUUAACCAGAAGACAGUGGAACGAAGAGAAAAACAGUGGAACUAUUCCGAGUACCUUCAGUGUAGUAUCGGUAACAAUAUUUACAAUAUUCGCGUACAUGUUAAGUUGAUAAGUAUUGCACAAACGGUUAAAUAACAUGGAGAUACUGGAAAGAUGUCAACAUAAAUACACAUAUAUUUUUUAUAGAAUUUUAAUAUUGUGUAAUGUAGAAAAUUACAGUAUUUUUGCAUUGUAAAGUAAGGUAAUGUAUAGUUUUAUAAACACAUCGAUUUAAAAUUCUGUAAAUAUAUUCACUGUACACACCAAUCCAAUAUAAAAGUAUUUAUAUUUCUAUUUAUCUGAAUAUCAUGAUUUUCAUCCAUAUUUAUUGGAAAUUUUUAUACCUCGGUUGAUCCAUAAGAUAACAUAUCUCUAAAAGUCUUGUUCUUCGAAGAAAUAUCGUAGAAGAAGUGUUUAAUAUAGAAAGUAAAUAUAUACGAAGUACGAGGUAUUACACAAAAAUUAUUGAAUUUUACGUAAACAUUCAUCAGACGGCGUUAUGCAAUCAAAAACACAGAAGAGAUUAUUGAUUACAACAAGAUAACAUGAUAGCAUUUGAUAUUGUUGAUAAUCAAAAAAAUUGAGUUUACAUAGUUGUAAUGAAUGCCAAUAAAUUGAAGUAUU